AUGGUAAAAAUAUUGCAUGGAAAUCAAUCGGGCAUCACAGAAUUCAUCCUCCUUGGCUUUGGGGAUCUGCCUGAGCUGCACAUCUUCCUCUUCCUUGUAUUUCUAGUGAUCUAUCUUGUGACUGUGGCUGGGAACCUUCUCAUAAUUAUAGUAGUUGUGGCUGAUGAACACCUACACACCCCAAUGUACUUCUUUCUGGGGAACCUGUCCUGCCUGGAGACAUGCUAUACCACAACCAUUUUGCCCAGGAUGGUGGCCAGCUUCAUAUGUAUGGACAUAACCAUUUCAGUUAGUGGAUGCAUUACCCAAUUUUAUUUCUUCUGCUCUUUAGCUUCUACAGAAACAUGGUUACUGGCAGUAAUGUCUUAUGACCGAUAUUUGGCAAUAUGCAGACCUUUGCACUAUGCUACCAUCAUGAAUAUUAAGUGUUGCUUCCAGCUUGUGUUUGUAGCAUGGAUCAGUUCUUUCCUGGCUACUUGGAUACUGGCUUUCCUGAUGUCCAGGUUAUACUUCUGUGGCCCCAAUGAGAUUGACCAUUUCUUUUGCGACUUUACCCCAAUGGCAAAACUCUCUUGCAGCGACACUGCCCCAAUGGAGCUUGCUUCCUUAGUCUUUGGCUUUAUGUUUGCAGCAAUGCCAUUUCUUUUAACAAUCACAUUCUAUAUAUGUAUAAUCGACACCAUCUUAAACAUUUCAUCCACCAUUGGGAGGCAAAAGGCCUUUUCAACCUGCUCCUCUCAUCUCAUUGUGGUUUGCAUUUUCUAUGGUACAAUAAUCAUUGUCUACAUGUUGCCAGAUACCCCUACUCUGAGAGACCUCAAUAAAGUCUUCUCUGUUUUUUACACAGUCCUGACUCCUUUAGUCAACCCCCUCGUCUACAGCUUGAGAAACAAAGAAGUUCACAAAGCCUUAAGAAGAAUUUACAGUAAAUUGGACAUCUUUGCAAGGAGUUGGUCAAAUCUAUCCUUUACCUUUACAGUUUUCAGCCAAUCAAGGUCCUAA